UGGUCGCGGUCGCGUCGCGGCUCGCCGCAGAAGUAGAAGUGAAGUGAGUGUGAGCGGUGAACAACGAACGGUGAUCCUUUAAUCUACGUCGGAUUUGUUUAUUGUUGACCAACAGCUGGUGGCAGCAUCUGUCAAGCAUGGGGGCUCAUGUUUCCAGGACAGACUUUGAGUGGUCGUACACCGAGGAGCCUCACGCCAGCCGUCGGAAAAUAAUCCUUGCAAAGUAUCCCCAAAUCAAGAAGUUAUUUGGUUAUGAUCCAUGGUUCAAAUGGCAGGUCGCAGCGUAUGUCCUGAUGCAACUAAUUAUGCUAUUUGUCAUGAAGGAUCGAUCAUGGCCCAUGAUAUUUCUAGUAGCCUACUGCUUUGGUGGUGUCAUCAACCAUGCCUUAAUGUUAGCUAUUCACGAAAUUUCACACAAUUUAGCAUUUGGACACGCGCGACCUAUGGCGAAUCGUCUCCUUGGCUUCUUUGCUAAUCUGCCCAUUGGCAUUCCAAUUUCUAUCAGUUUCCGAAAAUGGCAUUUGGAGCAUCACAGGUAUCAAGGAGAUGAAGUGCUAGACACUGACAUUCCUACAUAUAUAGAGGCCAAGCUCUUCUGUACAACAGUGGGCAAAUUUUUUUGGGUAUUUUUACAACCAUUCUUCUAUGCACUGCGCCCAAUGUUUGUGCACCCAAAGUCACCAGAGCCUCUGGAAGUAAUAAACCUCUUUAUUCAACUGGCUUUUGAUGGUUUGGUCUACUACUUUUUUGGUGGCAAGGUAUUAGUCUACCUUAUAGCAGGAUCUUUGAUGGCCAUGGGAUUACAUCCUGUGGCUGGCCAUUUCAUUUCAGAACACUACAUGUUCAAAAAAGGCUUUGAAACUUACUCAUAUUAUGGUAUUUUGAACAAAGUAACAUUUAAUGUGGGGUACCACAAUGAACACCAUGACUUUCCUGCAGUGCCUGGUUCACGUCUUCCUGAGGUGAAGCGAAUUGCUGCUGAAUUUUAUGACAACCUUCCUCAGCAUAAUUCUUGGGUAUCUGUCCUGUAUGACUUCGUCACUGAUCCCGAAAUUGGACCUUAUGCACGUAUUAGGAGGAAGCAUAAGGGCUUGAAGUCAUAAAUCUAUAUUAUCUUUUCAUCUGUAUCUGAACGGUUCUAGUGUUUAAAUUUUUUGAAAGUAUGUACCUUAUAAUUCAAUGACCUAAAUUCCAUUGGAUUUUAUUGCAUUUUACUUGUUAAAUCAAAAUAAUGUUCUAAUUGAUUCGGUCUAGUGUUGUUUGGAAAACUCUUACACACAGUUGUAAUGGCUAUUGAAAAUUUCUAGUUCACCUGUUGAAUCCAAAUGAUCAUUCCUGGCUAAAAUGUUUUUAUCUUUUUUUUUAUCUAGAAUGCCAUAAAUACAGCUAAAUUUCUUGAAUGUCAAAUCAAUGUCUAUUGUUUUCUGAGAUUUUUAAUUCUUCUCUUUUGGACAGUGGUCAUUUGAUUUUUCCUCCGGUACUUAAAUUAAUUUGUCAGAAAGAUAGUAGAGGUUUCCUUAUUACUUUCUACUGCAGUGUGCAAAAGUGGUGCAAAUUUUGUGGGCAUUUCAUAAUCAAAGCGCUUGAAGUAAACUAUGCAAAACAAAAUGUUGCCAUCUUGAACCAGUAUGCUUUAACUUCUUUCCAGCAUAGAACUGUAAAUUUGUGCUAGAGUCCAAAGUUAAAUAGUAUUAUGUCAAAUCACUGUCUGAUUAUUUAUAUAUUUAAUCAUUGAAAUACCUGUUCUAUUCACGUACUGUAUGCAUUAAAAGUUAUGUUGACACAUUUGAAGAAAGUGUGUUUUCUUUCCUUACAAAAGCAUUUAUGACCAGGUUACUGUGUUUAAAUUUCCAGUUAUUACGGGUUAAGUGAUUUUAAGUCAGUGUGGUCUCUUUGGAAGCCAGAUGUACAGGAUUUAUACUGAACCUACCUCAAACCAGUAUAUCUUAAAUAUUUUGUACACUAUUUUAUUCUUUAAAAUAUUUGUUUCUAAACAAAAGUUAUAUUCUUGUAUAUGUGUGAAUGCGCUUGCCUUUUAGUGCAAAUGUGUGUCAUAUUGCUUCAUGCUUAUUGGGUGGAAUGCCUAAAGAACUGUUGAGAUAAAUGUAAGUUUGCUAUGUCUGUGAUGUUUUACUAGGCGAUAUUAAAAGGCUUGCUUUUAAAACUAUCAACCAAUGUGUUUAGAUUUUAAAGUAAAGGCUACCUAUCUAAAACAUAGCUUUUGAAUCAACCAAUGUGUCUUGAUUAAUGUUUUACUUUCAGUUCUUUUUUUGUAGAAUAUUUGAUUCCCCCUAAAAAAAUGUAAUUAAGUAUAGUUGUGCUUUUUUAAAAACAAGUACCACUAUUCACCUGUUCUUGAUUAAAAAUUGUGGCAAUUUAACAAUAGUUGAUAUUUCUGAAAGUGUACUUCCUGGUGCGUGAUUGUGCUUUGUUCAUCAUCUGAGCUGCAUGUGAAAUACACUUCACGAUCAGACA